AGCAAAUUGGUGGUACGCGUGACAGAAGGUCGGCAAGAUGGAUAGCUCGCAGGGAGCAUCUGAUUGCAGUCCUUCAACUUCACUGCAAAGUCAAGAUGCAAAUGUUCUUGCUAAUAAAUUGGACCCCUCCAAGAUAGAAGCUUUAUUUCAAAUGUUUAAUAUAGACAUGACUCCAAUAGUGCAAGAAAUGGAAGAGGAGUUCAAAGAAAUUUGUGCCCAGUUGCCCCAGGGCUACAACCAUAAGAUGCGAAGUGAAGUCAACAGGCUGAACACAUUUGAAAAUCUGCAAUCGCAUUCCUCUUAUUCCCCAGAGGAGAUGGCCGAGAAUGGGUUUUUUGACACAGGGGUCAAAUCUAGCAUUCAGUGCUUUUGCUGUGGGCUCGUACUGUGUAUGAUGAGUGUUAGAAAGGACCCGCAUAUGGCGCACCUGGAAAGCAAGCCAGACUGUGACUUUAUUAAAGGCGUAGAAGUGGGCAACAUUCCAAAAUAUGCAGUCAAAGUCCAAAGAAGUAAACCUGUCGAUGUAGACAAAGCAAGUCUUUAUAGCACUGAAGAGGACAGAUUGGAAUCCUAUAAAGACUGGCCCGAGUUUUCCAAAGGUGACACAGCUGCCUUGGCACAGGCUGGAUUUUAUUUUACAGGCAUUAUUGAUGCAGUACAGUGCUUUUGUUGUGGUGGAUGUUUGGCGUACUGGGAGGAGGGCGAUGAUCCCUGGAAAGAACAUGCCAGAUGGUUUCCAGAGUGUAAAUAUCUACAAGCAAGAAUUACUCAGGAAGAGGCUGAACAAUUCAUAAAGGAUUAUGAUGGAUUUUAUAAAGUAUUGGCAAAGCAUUACAGCUCAGAUGACUGGAUGGAGUGCCAAGUGGAGGACACAACUGAAGUGGAAGGAAUUGUUACAAGCAUCUUUAUAGCAGAGGACUGUCGACUGGAUUCUCUUAAAGUCUGGCCUGGACUUGGAAAGGGCAGCCCUACAGCUCUUGCUAAAUGUGGUUUCUUCUAUUCAGGAAAAGGGGAAGCAGUUAAAUGUAUUCAGUGUGGUGUUACGAUUACAGACUGGGAGCCUGAAACCACAUCCAAGGACCUGCGAAGAAAGCACAGUGAGAGCUGCCCAUUUUACACUGACACGAGCCUAGAAGGAGGAAACAUGGAGAGAUCAAGCACUGCAGCCUGCAAGGGAGAAGAGAUGUGCCUCCAGGAUAGACCUGCUAGGAGCUUAGAAGACCCCCCAGUAAAUGCAGCAGAAAAUCGGACAGAAGACAAGUGGCUCCAAGAAGCAAAGAGGCUGCAAAGUGAGCUAAGGGAAUUGUAUAACUCCGCUGCUUUCAGAAAAAUAUUUCCUUUCCCCGAUUCUCCAAACGUGUCUCCAGAUCUAAAACACGUUUUUGCUUCUUUGCCCUUGGUCAAGAAGAACCUGAGGAACCAGCCCGUGCAGAAAGUAGGUGUCCCUGUACUGCUAAAAAACCUGAGCUCUAUCACCGUCAUCGAGGGCGAAGCUGGGAGUGGAAAGUCUGCACUGCUCAGGAGAAUCGCCAUUCUGUGGGCUUCUGGGAAUUGCCCCGCCUUGCGCAGGUUCAAGCUGGUGUUUCAUCUCUCCCUAAAUACCUCGCAGAAAGAUCAGAGCUUAUCUGCCAUGAUCUCCGAACAACUUUGUCCAGACCGAAUGGACGUGAGUGAACAAUUCGUUGAGGAGACGGUGAGGAAGCUGAAUAACCAGGUCUUAUUUCUUCUGGAUGACUGUGGAACCAUGGAUGCGAUUCCACAGUGUGUCGAACAGCUAAUGUUAGGGAAUCACAUCAAUAACACUAGCAUUGUUAUUGGCAUCCAGACUCACAGAAGUGCUAAGGUGCGUCAGUGUGCCUCGACAGUCCUUGAAAUCGGCCAGUUCCCAGGGUACAGCACCUUCUUCAUACUCAAGAAGCUCUUCUCCCAUGACCUCCAGCUGGUAGAGCAAUUCUUUGUAAAAUCCGGCCUGUCCAAGACUCUGCAGGAAAUUCUCAAAACUCCACUUUUUGCCUUGGUUAUAUGUGCUCUGUGGAUUCAAACCCCUAAGCCGGAUGUUGACGAGAGUGAGGUGUUUUGGGAAUACCUGCACCUUAGCUUGAAGAAGCAUUCUUCAAAUCUGACAGCAUUGGGAGACCUUGCACUGGACGGAAUUUUCAGCAGUCGUUACGAGUUCAGCAGAGAAGAUCUCACAGACUCGGGAGUUGAUGAGAACGAGGUCCUCCAUUUUGGACUCCUGAGCAAGUUUACGGCUAACCUGCUAAAACCCGUGUACAGGUUCUUUCACUGUCAUUUCCAGGAGUUUGUAGCGGCCCGACGGCUUGCUGAAAUGCUUCAGUCAGACUCUGCAGAGAGCCAGAAGAAGGGUCGUGAUUAUCUGAAGCAAAUUGACACCUACCUCCAAGUGAUGUGUAAUUAUAAGUACUUUCUGGACUACGCCUGCAUUUCUUCCCCAGUUGCGGCCACCGAGAUUGUGUCUCAUGUGGUCAGUUACGCCGCCCACAAAGGAUUUUACAAUUCCAACUGUGUAAGCAACAAGAAUGUGGAACAUUAUCUCAACCUGUUUGUUACCGAGCAGUUUUUUAAAGCUACUUUGUCAAUGGGGCACGGUGAAGAUGCCCUGUUUGAGUCACUGUUGAGUUAUGUGCUGAAUAUUGCUUAUGGCAGCCAAUGCGUCUCCAGCUGCACUCCUCACAUUCUGAAACUUUUCACUGGGAAAAGCCUGAAACUUUCAGAAUCGAGCUGUGAAAACAAUUUCAGCAAAUUCACCGAAGAACAUCCAGAAGUUUUGUCACUGUUACAGGACCUGGAGAUUACCCUUUCGGGGAACAAAAAACCAAAAUUGCCAGACUUCUACAAGUUAGAGAAGCUGCUGGAAAACCAGGCCAAGCCUGCUGCUGUUGAAGAAGACUUUGCACCAGUUUACCAGCCUCUUGAUAGUUUUAUAGAGAAGGCAGAGGCCAAUAUGAGUAUAAUCAACAAGUAUGGAACGACGAUCAAAAGGUUUCUUCCUGACAGCAUGGUGGGUGUCUUUGUAAAAGCAGCCAACAAAUACACGCUGCCAGUGCUCCGGCUUAUAAUUAAUGAUUGUGAAAAAAUUCAAGAAGAAGACCUUCGGAAUCUUAUUGCCAUUCUGGCGGUCACUGAGCAGGUGGAUGUUUCUGUUAUCGGCAGUGAGGGCUUUCUUGAAAACAUUCAGUCUGCAGUUGACAAACGCAGCAAGAUUUUUAGAAAAAUCACCAUUAGAAACAGUCCAUUAACAAGAAAAGAAGAGGAGCUGCUGACCGCCAUGUCAGCUCUUGAAGCACUUGACUUGAACUUCACCAGCAUACCAGAAUACUUGAUUUCUAAUCUGGAUAAACUGACAUGCCUUAAAGAGAUUCAUCUGUCCACAUUAGCUGGGACAAACAUAUUUGAAAAAAUGCCAGAUGGAGUCAGGAACCUUCCAAUUGAAAAACUUAUAAUUCAAGGGGCGGACCUCACAAAAGAGCACAACAAACUAGCUUUUCUCAUUCGGCACUUUCCAAGGCUGAAGGUCUUCCAUCUGCAGUGUAAUGGGUGCCCAGGUUUCCCCAGCAUUAUUACAUCUUUGACUCACUGCGAGGAGCUGGAGAAUGUUUCUUUCAAGGGUUUUACUCCGACAGCAGAAGACAUUUCUGCUUUUGCUACAUCUUUGAAAAAGUUUACAAAACUGAGAAUUUUGACUGUGCCCACUCAGGAAACAAUGGUUGAUAAGGAAGCAGCUCAUUCUUUUGCUCUAGCUCUAGGAUAUCUAAAGAAUUUGGAAGAACUGAAGUUUCCAUCAUCUCCAGGCAUGAAAGCGGCAAUUUCAACUGCAAUUGAUCAGUUUCGAUACUUGCCUCAUCUGAAGGUUUUAUCCAUGUCCUACUGUUUAGAGGACAGCAGUCUUCUUCAACUUGCAAAAGCCACAAAGGAAGGUCAUCUUGAAGCCUUGCAGAAACUGGAAUUGCCAGUCAACAAUGACAUCACUGACUCCGGCUGGAGGAACUUCUUUCUCACCUUGGAUCGAAUGCCUCACUUGGCCGAGCUGUCCGUCAGCAGGAUGUACACCCACAACCUAAAACCCAGUGCAUCCACCGUGAGGGCCUUUGUGCAGUGCGUCUCUCGGCUCCCCAGCCUUCUCAAUAUGGUCAUGUUUGGCUGGCUGCUGGAUGCCGAGGAUCUGAACUUGUUUGAUGCUAUGAAGAAGGAGCACCCACAGUCCAAAUGUCUAAAUAUUUUAUGGAAAUGGGUUUUGCCUUUUCAGCCAGUUAUAAAGCAGGAAGACUUUUAGUUAGCAGAUGUGUUUGGGAACCAAACAGGCUGUGCUCUUUUUUUAUUUUAUUACCAAUUAUCUAUUAAUUUCCUACAACAAAGGAAAAAAAAUCCUAAAAUCAAGAAGGGAAGAAUGAAAACUUUAAAACAAACCAAUUAAAAGGCAACAGUCACAAUUUUUCUAUCUUUUAGUAGCAUAAAGUUCUGUUUCAUGUAGGCUGUAAGUGCCCGAGAGGAAGGACAGGCAUCUUGGCCAGGAUGGAAAAUAAUUUCUUGCCUGGAUGGGAGGACAGAAUGGAAGAACAAAUGAGUAGGAUGGCUGGAUGAGGAAAUGGCUUCUUGGUUGGCCGGAGUAACAUAAAUGGUGGACCAGUGGAAGCCAGAGGAUGGGAACAGUUCCAUUCCCCAUAUGACAGGUGGCAGUGGUCCUCCUGUAGCAUCCCAGUUUGGAUACCUGCAAGGGAACAUGGGAACUGGAGUCCAGAAGGGAAACACUGUUGGGGUCCCUGGGUGCCUUUAGAGGAUGGGUGUCCAGCUCUGGGUCUGGAGGGCCGCAGUGGCUGCAGGUUUUCAUUCUAACCCUUUUCUUAAUCAGUGACCAGUUGUCACUGCUAAUCCGCUCCUUUACCCUUCAUUUUAAUGGCCCUGUUUUUAAGGAUUUAGUCCUCUGAACUGAUUCAUUUCUUCAUUAAAUGGCAGCCAAA